UGCAUAAAUUCACGGGAGGCGAGUUCUCCAUCUCCAGUCUCUCUCAGACCGCGAAGCAAACAAUGGCUGGAAAAGAACAGAAAGUGAUCAUCAUCGACCCCUCGAUGGUCUACCGUCCAGAGGAAGCCAUAAAGAAAGCCAACUGGAACUUCCGGCAGUUUCCAGAGGACCCAGAAGACCCCAAGUUGGUCCAGGUGAAGGAGACGUACAUGAAAAUGCACACCAACCAGUGUGUGGAUUACGUCAAAAAGAGGCACGUCCACUGGCGCAAAUUCGACAAGUUCCAGGCGACGAUCAUGGAGGCCCUCGAGCAGCUGAACGAUCUCAUCGACGAGAGCGAUCCGGACACCGACGUUCCGAACAUCGUCCACGCCUUCCAGACGGCGGAGAGACUGAGGGAGGCGCACCCAGAGAAGGGCUGGUUACACCUGACAGGUCUCAUACACGACCUGGGGAAGGUUAUGGCGUUCUACGGUGAACCCCAGUGGUCGACUGUUGGGGACACUUUCAUCGUGGGCUGCGACUUCGGGGAUUCCAUCGUCUACAGAAACACGACUUUUCACAACAAUCCCGACUCUAAAAAUCCCAAACUAAACACGAAGUACGGAAUGUACGAACCCAACUGUGGGCUUGAAAACGUCUACAUGUCCUGGGGACACGACGAGUACAUGUAUCAGGUUCUGAAGCACAAUAAGAGCACGCUGCCGGAAGAAGGUCUCUACAUUAUAAGAUUUCAUUCGUUUUAUCCCUGGCACACUGGCGGUGACUACAUGCAUCUCUGUAACAACAAGGAUAUGGAAAUGAUGCCGUGGAUCAGAGAGUUCAACAAGUUUGACCUGUACACAAAGAAGGAGAAGAUUCCCGAUAUUGAGGCCUUAAAGCCUUAUUACCAGGCACUAAUCGACGAGUACUGCCCAGGCAAACUGAAGUGGUAAAAAAGCCGAGGCAAAAUCACGACAGAAUAUGACGAAAACAAAAUUUCCAUCUGGACACAAUUAGGGGAAAAUUGGUGCAGAAUCAAAACGCGGAUAAAAAUACAACGGCGUUCUGGAAAGCUAUGCCCUAAGGGUAUAAGUUUUGCAAUAGUGUU